AUGGCGGAAAAGAACUAUCAACUACUUUCAAGCUUUCGAAUCAACAAUCAAAUUCCAAUACAUAAGUACAAAUCCAAACUAACUGGAGUCAUUCUAUAUAUUGCUGAAGUGGAUGGUCCACUAGUAAAUGGAUACUUUUGUUUAGCAACGGAAGCUCAUGAUGACGAUGGACUACCACAUACAUUGGAACAUCUGGUAUUCAUGGGUAGCAAAACUUACCCAUACAAGGGUGUACUAGACUUAAUUGCAAAUCGAUGUUUUGCACAAGGUACUAACGCAUGGACGGAUACCGAUCAUACUUGCUAUACCGUUACAACUGCAGGCAGUGAAGGAUUUUUAAAUCUUUUGAACGUCUAUCUGGAUCAUGUAUUAUAUCCCACGUUAACGGAGUCGAGCUAUAUCACUGAAGUUCAUCACAUAACUAAUGAUGGCGAUGAUGCUGGAGUAGUAUAUUGCGAGAUGCAGGCUCGGGAAAAUACUGGCGAGAGUCGUGCUCGUCUUGCUUUUGCAAGAGAUAUGUAUCCUGGCCAUUGCGGUUAUAAGUCGGAAACUGGUGGAAUAUUAGAGAAUUUAAGGUCUUCUACAUCGCAUCAAAAGGUUUGCGACUAUCAUCGCUCCUUCUAUCGUCCAGAUAAUUUAGGCCUUAUUAUAACCGGACAAAUUAAACCUCAAGAUGUCUUUCAAAAAUUGGAAUCAUUCGAAAAGCGUAUCUUGCAGAUGGGCAAAUUACCUACCUUUGAUAGACCGUGGCAAUCACCUGUACCUCCUAUCUCAUCCUCAGUGUAUCGUAACAUUCAAUUUCCAAAUGACGACGAUAGCGUCGGUUUAGUUAUUCAUGGAUGGCGUGGUUGUUCGGCUAAUGAUUACCAUAAUAUGGUUACCAUAGGUAUUCUUUUCAAGUAUUUGACCGAUACUCCAGUUGCUCCUUUGCAGCGUGAUAUGGUUGAAAUUGACGAACCGUAUUGCAACGAUAUUGGUUUUGGUUUUCACGAAAAUUCCGAAUCUUGUAUCCACCUACACUUCAAAAACGUACCUACUGGUGUCUUAAAUGAUGUUAAACCAAAAAUGGAUGAGAUCAUAAAUAAAAUUGCUACUGGACAAGAACCUAUCGAUAUGACACGCCUCCAGUCUAUAAUUUCCACUAGUGUUUUAGAAUACGAGGAUAGCUUGGAAGAUAGCCCACAUAACGCCAUUGCUGGAUACUGCAUUGCCGACUUUUUAUACUCUAAGUCGAUAGACGAUCUACGCAAAAAAGUGGACGAAAUUGAAUACUUGGACAAACUGAAGAAAGAACCAACCAAGUUUUGGCUUAAUUUUAUGAAUAAAUACUUAAUAUCAUCCCCAUCAGUGACUAUUGUUGCCCAACCAAGUAAAGAUCUUGGCAAGCAGAUGACUACUAAUGAAAAGCAAAGAGUUGAAAAACAAAUAAAAGAAUUAGGUAGCGACCGUUUGGAAAAAUUAGGAGCACGAUUAGAUAAGGCGGUUGAUGACAAUGAUGUCGAUCCACCUGAUGAUCUAAUUCGUAGUUUUGAUGUCCCAAAUAUUGAAAGUAUUAACUUUCAUCCAGUUCUCACUUUCUCUAAUUGUGAAAAUAUGGAUAGCGAUACUGCGGACAUAGCUACGAAAUUUAAUAUUGGCGAAGUGCCUUUGCCAAUGCAAUUAGAUUGUAUUCGUACGCGUUUUUUCACCGUUUCACUUCUUGGAAAUACAUCCAUUAUAGGAACGGAACUAAAACCAUAUCUAUCGUUGCUGCUGGAAGUCAUAUUUGAGUCUCCUGUAUUGAGAGGCGAAGAGGUUAUACCUUAUGAAGAAGUUAUUAAACAACUACACAAUGACAUCAUAUCUAUGGAUCAAACUUUGGGGUUCAAUGGAAGUAGACUAGGUUGCGGCUCCUUUGCUCAGGCAGCUGUUAUCACGUUAAAAGCCGAUGCUGCUAAGUAUGACCGUUGCGUAAAGUGGAUGCAUGAACUGGUAUACAGAUCACAAAUCACUGCAGAGCGAUUGAAAAGUGUUGGCACCAAAAUUAAAAAAGACAUCGCAAGGAUGAAACGGAGUGGUGGCAAAGUAGCGCAAGCAUUAAUGAAAGACGUAAUAUUCAACAAAGAAUGCAAUCAGUAUCAGUACAAUAUGAUUAGACAAAGUAAAUUCUUAAAGGAAGUUCUAACCGAUAUCAAUACUGCUCCUGCUAUAGUCAUCGAAAAAUUAGAAAAGCUUCGAAGAAUCCUUUUUGACCCAUCGAAUGUUUUUAUUCAUAUAACUUGUGAUUUGCAUCGACUGCCUAAGAUCUCUGUGGCUUCUUUAUUUUCUAACUUUGUUCCAUCUUCAUUCAGCAUUCCAUCUGAGAAAAGAUUGAUAGUCCCUGAAUAUAGUAGUAAAUAUCGCACAUUUUCGCCAACACUGUCUAAUAUUAUCGUUGGUGUAUCAUCGGUUGAAUCUUCGUUUCUCAUACAAAAUUCUCCGUGCGUUAACGAUUAUAAUCAUCCUGAUUGCGCUCCAUUGAUGGUAUUUAUCGAGUAUCUAAUUGCUCUGGAGGGUCCCAUGUGGCGACAGAUCAGAGGUUUAGGAUUAUCAUAUCACUACAGCAUGCAUUAUUCUGUGGAACACGGGCUUUUAUAUCUUAAGCUGUUUAAAUCGACGCAGCUCGUGAAUGCAUAUAGAGAAGCUAAAACUAUCGUGGAAAGUUACGUGGAUGGAAGAAGUGAAUUUGAUGAAGUUCAAAUUGAAUCUGCAAAGAGUAGCGUGAUAUUCGAAAUAAUCGAACGUGAAGAGACCGCUUCAUCUGCUGCUGAGGAGGUUGCUUGGCUAUAA